AUGGGUAGCAUAAGUUACAACAACAACAUAAAAAGAGGGUAACUUGUUAAAUGCAAGUUUUAAUUGCAUCCAACCAUUUAUUUAAAAAAAAUCGAUUAUUUUACAGGUAACUGCUUGUUUUAAUGUGGAUAAACAUGCAAUUAUAUAAGCAUAGAGGAUUAUUCUUAACUUCCCAUUUAAACAUAUCAAAGGCUAUUUGAAAGAUUGUUCUCUAAGGAUGGGGACUAUUUUUAUAAAUUAAGAAAUAAAAUUUGUUGUAAAACUUACAACAUGAGGAUAGUUUUAUAAAAAAAUGCACCUUCAAGAAAACAAAUGAAGUCUGCCUUAGCACUUUUAGAUCGGUUAAAUCUGUAUGGUUAAGGAUAGGAUAUAAACAAAAAGGAAAAACUUUAAAAAGAGGUCUUUAAUUAGAAAGAUUUAUAGCACAUCUAGGUCAGCUAAUAGAAAUAAGCUAAAUAUAGAUAAAUUCAUAAUCAAGAAAAAAAAACACUUUUUGACAUUAUAAAUUCAUCAAUAUAACUAUGUAAGUCCUGUUUUGAGGAACUAACUUAGACAGAGAAUUUAAAUUUUACCUUAUAAGAAAACGAUUUGAAGAUAUUUCAACAUUUAAAUAAAAUCAAAUUUUAUUCGAAUGCAAAUCUAUUGUUAUUUCAUUUAAAUCAAAUCCCUAUGAAAAGUAAAAACUAUUCCCUUAAUCAAUUCAAUGAAUUUUUAGGAAUUGCUUUAAAUAAAAAUUAAACACAAAAUGAAUUAACAGUUCAAUAAAAACCAAAAGGAUUCUUAACUCUAAUACAUUCUAAAGAAUAAAUUCAAAACGCAUAAUGUCAAAAAUAAGGGUUAGCAAAUUAAUAAUAAUAAUAGAAACCCUAAAAAUUUAUUUAGAAAAAAUAAAAACAAUAAAGUAAUUUUAAAAAUAAAAAUUUGAUAAACCCUGAGACCUUCACAUUUUAACAAUUUUAGGUUGGCCCUCUUGUUAUCACUAUUAAAGAUUUAGGUUAAAGUAGAGACAUAAUUGACUUUAUAUAUUAGUAUCAUAUGGUUGUGCAUAAUAGACCAAAUACUGAUGAGGAAAUCAUAAAAUUAUAUUGUAGAAAUUACUUAAAUACUCAAACAGUUUUAGAGGAUUUCAAACAAAAUAUUAAAAUAAAAUUAGGCCAAAGAUGUAUGGAGUAUAGAUUAAAUGGUAAACUAAUUGCAUUGGGGACUAUUAUAUUAACUUAAGAGUAUUUUGUUUCGGAAUAUUUUUUCUAUCUUCCUGAGUUGAAAAACUUUAAUUUUGGAGUGUUUUCAAUUUUAGUUGAAAUUGAGUAUGCAAAGCAGAUAUAAAAAUAUUUCCCAAAAUUCAAAUAUCACACUCUUGGCUAUACUUCAUUUAGAACAAAAAAAAUGGAAUAUAAACUGCAAUUCAGUGGCACUGAAAUUCAAUGUCCAGAUACAUAUAUUUGGACUGAGUACAAUGAUUAGGUUAAAGCCAAAAUGAUAAGCUAAGAUUUUAAAAUCGAUACUCCAAUUCAAGUAGCACCAUUAGACUUCUCAAAAGUCACAGUUUAACUAUAUGAUGUGAAUGUAAAAGCAAACCUCGUGUGCGAUGAUUAAAACUAGGAUGAAAUCUCGAAAUAUUUUUUAUUCUAUGCCAAUGAAUUAGGAAAUGAACUUAUGUAUGAUUUCAGAUUUAUCUAUAAUGAGGAAAUAUUUUAGCUUUGA